CUUGAGAUUAUUUUUAUUAUCACUUCGUACUUCUUGUAUCUCUCUCUCUCUAUCAAUGUGUCAGUGUCAGUGUGCAUCUGUGCAUUCCCUCUACUAGCUUAUAUAUAAGCUAGUCCCGUCAUUCUUUCUCUACUCAUAUCUGUCUUUAGACUUGGAUUCCACAUUCUAUCUAUACAUCUCCUACUUUAUAUAUAAAAACUACUAGACUAGAAAGAUACUACUAUACUAUUAUAUACACCAUGCGCCACUUCGACACCUGGAUCCUCCGCGACCCCUACUCUAUCUUCCACUACUAUCCCACCGGCAAACGAUGGCCAGAAUCCAUCCGCGAAUUGAUCCAAUCUCGUCAAAUAUGCAGUCCUCCCUCCUCUGCCAACAAUGAUGCCAUACCAGCAGCAAUACCAGCAGACAGCACCUCCCAACCAACCAGCUCCUUCUUUCAACGUCUGCCCCCCGAAAUCCGCCUCAUGAUCUACGCCUACGUCUUCAACGACUCCCCCAACACCACUCCCACCCCCAAUGACUCUAUAACAAACACAACCAUCCACCUCGUCCAAAUCCGCAACAAAAUUCACCACGUCCGCUGCACGCACCCCUCCCCGCUGGACAAACACCGCCAAUGCUGUCCCCAGACCAUGGCUAGAUGGCGCACCUCGCCUACCACCACUACCACCACGAUCCCCAAGCCCAUCACCACCACCACCAUCACCAAAGGAGGAGCAGUCACAUCUCCAGCAAAAGCCACCGACACAAACAGCUCCCUCUACCCACACACUCACCCCUCCCUAUCCCCUACCCUCUCGAAAAAUACCACUUCCCCACUCCUCACCUGCCGAGCCAUGUACCUCGAGUCCGCACCCCUGCUCUACUCCCUCACCACCAUCGACACGGACGACCUGUACACUUUCCUCUCGUUCAUUAAUACCAUAUCCCCCCACCUGCGGAAAUAUAUCAGGUCCCUCACGGUGCAGUAUACACCCAUCUGGCAGCCCAUGGCGGGCCAGGAGUAUCCCUUCUCCGUGUAUACGCAUACGCAUAAUGAUAUGCUGUGGGGUGGGUUCUGGGAUGCCGUGGCGAGGAAGUGUCCCGGGUUGGAGAGGGUCCGGUUGGGGUUGGAUUUGGGGACUGUGUUUGCUGUUAAUAAUAACAUUGGAGGUGGAGGUGGGAUGUCGGUGACGGGUGGGAAUAUGGUCAGUUUUGGGACGGAGGAGGAGUGGGUGAGGCCGUUGUUACGUGUCAGGGGGUUGAAGAGUUUCGAGUUGGGGGUGAUGGUGAGGUGUGAUCGGUUGGCGAGACGCGUAUUGGAGAAUGGGUUGGUUAGGGAUGUGCAGGUUCUCAGGGAGAGGUUGAUGGAGGUGAUGUGUGGGGAGAGGAAUAGACAUGUGAACGAUGAGGAGGAUGGGGUGAGUGAACGGAGGAGGGGGAGGUUGGCUAUUAUGGCUGCUUGAUGAAGGAAAGAAAGUGAUCCUUUAAGCGUUUUGUUGCAUGAUAGAUACCCUUGUUUUGUUGUUUGUGCGCAGUGAUACACGAUAGAAGUCAGUACUCACUAUAUAAACUGCAUACUGCUACUACACUUCUCGUAUCCAUGAAUGAAUUAGCCCUCUAUCAAUCAAUCUAGCUGUACAUUACCAUCCAUCCAUCCAUCCAUCCACCAUCCAUCUUAUGCCCCGAAGAAAAGAAAAAGAAUAUGCAAUUUACCAAAAAUACCCAAUCAACCAACAACCCAUUAAACAUACCUAUCCAGACAUCAUUACUCAUUAACUCGGUCAGAAAGGAA